CUUUUUGGUUGGCGAGUGUCAGAAGCAAACGGAGACGGCGUCGGCACACCGGGUAGCGGAAGCUGAUCACCAACCCCCAUCUGCUGGCAGUGUCAGUCCACCAGCAGCAAAAGCAUCAUCAGCAGCAACGCGGGACAAGUCAAAGAAGCAAACGCCGAAAGAUAAAAACAGUCACUCAGCAAACAACACUUUUAAGGUGGUGACCUGUAGCACGGAGGGGAGAGAAGACGCCUCAGUGACGGCUAACAUGAGUCUCAAUGGCAAACAAAGCAUAGAGGCUUCUUCGUCCGCCACGGACGGCCAAGAGGACAAAAGGUUUGAUGGUCCGUACGGCGUUGCAUCAGGGCAGGAAAUGAGUACCGAUGCCAAGCGCUUGCAGUGAGCAAGCGGACGCGCCCUCCAGGCUCAUCGAACCGGUAGAUUUCAACAAAGGCCACACUUCACCAUCGGUCAGUGGCAAGGACAAAAGCCGCGAUGCACAAUUUUCAGAAAUCGACAGUUCGCUGUCCAACGCUCGGCCUGACGAAUCUAAACAGUUCGCUCCCGAGCGGAGUAGUACUCCCCAGCAAUUGACCAGCACGAGCACUUCCGAAAUCCCUCCAAUCCCGGCGACAAGGGACAUCCACGCUUUGCAGCUGCGCAGGGAGUGUUUUCAGGGCGCCGAUGAGGCAUCUGAGAGCUCUGCAAGUCCUCACAUGCUCAUGGGUGGGAAAGCAAAACCCUCGCCGCACACGGAAGGCAGAACGGGUUUCAAGACGACAUCACCUGGUGACGUUGCAAAAAUGCCAGACGUUAUACCUGAUGGGCAUACUGACGAAAACAGUUGCACACACUCCAUUGCAGAUGAUGUCAUCCACAAAGGGCAGCAAGCAGCGCUGAUGAAGGAAGCUCACCAUUCCUUUGACGCUUCGUCUUUUUGGCCGAACGAUAUAGCAGAGCCUUGGGAGGAAAAGAGACAUGAACACGGACAUCAUGACCAUUUUUGCAACACGACGGCACAAUUGAAGAUGGAAACAAUUAGCGAGGAUGAUUUUACAGGAGGGAAGAGCGAUAAAACCGACGUCGGUAAAUAUUCCGCGGAUGCACAAAACCUGACUGCAGGCUGCACCGACACAGGCUUAGGGAAUGUUUCAAUGAACGAAACAUCGGCGAAAAAAAGUGCCUUUACGAGGGCAAACACCAUGCCGCACUUUUACGAGUCUGAACCUGGCGCAGAAAAGGCUGGAACGGGGGGCUCUGUUGCUCGCAGUGAAAAUCAAUCACUCCCAUCUUCGUUGGGAAAGCCCCAAAUGGGCGAUGGUCAAAAAUUAGGGAGGCAGAUGUCAGAACAGUGCUUUGGGCAGAAGUUAGACAGCUAUUACAAAGACUGCGCUAAGCCCCCUGACUUUGAUUCUAAACCAUUUGUUUUGGCUGAUUAUAAAAGAAAGAUGGAUGCCGGAGAGGGCUCGCGGAUGAAUACUGACCCGUUACAUGAAUUGCUGACAGGCGGUUUGGGCAUUUCAAGUGAGCCGGGCACUGACAAUUCUAGCAGUGCUCCACAAGAAGGGAAUAAGGAAGCUAGGUCAGGUGAGAGCAUAAGCUCUGUGCAGGAAACAACUGUUAAUACACGUUCUCCAAAGCACCUUGAAACCACAUAUAUGCCCACUGGCUUUGUAUGUGCUGAGCAGAAAAAAAGCCCCAGUAUCCUGGACAGCGAAGACAAUAUCGAACAGAUGGCAGCGCUGCAACAAUGCAUUGGGAAGAAUGCAUUGCAUAGUCCAGGAAAGGCUAACAUCCACGAAAAGGAUUCAAGAAAAUCAGUUGAGUCUUCGGUCUGUCGUGGCAGUGCUAAAGAAACAUCUGUGGAAAGUGAAAAAAAGCAAGAUAAAUCUGAAAUGAAGGUGGGAAAAGCUGGAAAUGAACAAACAUUGACAGGCGAUUCAGAAACGAGUUUACACACCAAGAAAGAUGACGCACCCGAUGAUGGUGCGGUAAGGUCAAUGCAUUCAUAUUUACUUGAGGAUAAAUCCCAACCGAUAAUACCGAUCGUUUCGGAAUAUGCUGUGGCAUCCAAGUCAUCAAUUUCGCAGCUUAAAUUGGAUGAGUACGCACCAAAAGCAGUGGAUUCGGAGUCUGACGUUAGCUCAGAGGAUGAGCUACAAUGCAAUGUAGGAAAGCAGCCAGGAGCUGUGCUAUCUGAAGGCUUCCUAAGCACUGAGGUCAAGGCCGACGCAAAAAAGUCACCUGCUUACCACAGCCUUUCGAGACUGUCUCCGCUGGAGACGGAAAUUUUGUCUGAACUGCAGGACGACGAAGGCAGCAACGACCAAUUCUCCGGCGCUAGAAAAAAGAUGACGUCAGAGGGCGCACAAGGGAACGUGGCCUUUAACACGGAGAAGAAAUCACAACGGAAAAAUGAUGGCUCCAGCGGAUUUCAGUUCCAGCACAUCGCGCAAGACGAGGGUUCAUCGCUUCCCUUCGUUUUUCCAGCAAAGGGGCAAAUGCACAACGUGGAAUACUUGGAAUUGAAUUCGGCUGCUUUGAAGCCCAUUGCUGGCUCCGCAUAUUUAAAGGAAGAUGACUCGCGCAUGCCAGAAAAAAGCGUUCCGUUAAGCAAAAACCCGAAGGACCCUCAUCCAACGGGCGAGAGCGUCUCAUUUUCCAAAGAACAGAUGCCUGGACAGGACACUAUUUCAGCUGAUGAGAAUAAAGAGGGAGCAGGAGACUUUGCUGACCGUGGAGGAUCCUAAUAACAUUUUCAGUUCUCCUUUAAUGAAGUCGGACCUUCCUGUGCUAAAUUAUCGAGAUGAUGAUUAUCACCCCGCCGGUGUUUUAUUCGAGAAUGUUACGUCUGGGAAACCUCGAGCUGCAGAUAAACCUGGGAAGAUAAAAUACUCACAAAGUGUGGAUGUUAACACUGCAUUGUGCCGAAAUGACCGCUCAUUUGAAGGGGGUGAGGAAUCUUACCUUUUCCCCUGUGGUCCCAGCAAGACUCAUUUGUCGGUGGUGGGUGAAUUAGACAAAACCUCUCAUGUGGCACGCACAUCCCCUUCAUCUACAGACAAAGUCACAGACUCUAAAGAUGUACUUGCUGAUAGUUCGACAGACGCAACCAAUAUUUCAUCUGCACUUGGAAUCACGAAGUUUGGCAGCGGAAUGAACGUGCCCAAUAAAAUAUCAGCGCAAGUCAACGCAGACGAGAGUCCUAAACAUGCACGGGUAGAAACCACGUCACGUACGUCACACGCUGGUAACAUUCAUCCUUUUGAAAGCAAAGAGCAGCACCAAGAGAGGGAAAACAAGGAGGCAUGCCGAUCCUCGCAGGAAAGUGUCGUGGGUAAAAAUACCGCAGAACACGAGAAAGCUGGAGACAGCCAACGCUGUGCACGGGGAAUUUGACGGAGAUCAAGUGGAAAAGAUGAGCCUGGAAAUCAUGCAAGACAAAAGCACAGCAGAUGAGACAAUCCCUUUGCAAAGCACCGGGGAGCUAGACAGCCACGUGGACACUUCUGGGACUGCUCCGGCAACAGGUGCACGCGGUGCAGGAGGGAAAAUGGCAGAGGAGCCAUUAGGAGGCGAGGAAAGGAAGGAGGCAGAUGACAAGGCUUCUUGCGUUGUGCAUGAAGAGGAAUCCCUGAAGAGUCCAAAAGCAGGGGCAAACAAGGCAACGUGCAGCAAUAGUGGGAAAGUCCGGGCAGAUGCCCUGCACGAACGCGUUCCCGAGGAGGGCAAACACCUCGUCAAAGCCGAUACCGAUGGACAUGGGGAAAAAGUUUCGACCAAAAAGGAGCAGCUCCCAGUCGUGGGGAAAAACGCUCUAAAUGAGAGUCAACAGAAGUCUGAGGUGGAUCAGAAGGCAAGCAGAGGGGGCGUGCAGGAGGGCGGGAUGGAAUUGGUCUCGGAUCGGGAGAGGAGGAACAGCAAGCCACUGGAGAAGAGGUCGUAUACGAGCACGCCGGAGAAAGACAAGCAGGAGAAAAAACGGAGAAAAGUGAGUAAGAAGGGGGAUGUGGCUAAGAGAGCCGAGGUGCGGUGUAGGUCCCCCGGCAGGCCUGCUAACAGGAGCCAGCGGGCAAUGCUGCAGGGUUCAGCCAAAAGACGGCAGAAAGUUCAAUCCAAGGCCGGUGACGGUAAAUCUGUGGAGGUCAGUCCUCGGAAAGAGACUCCUUCCAGCCCGAUUAAGAAGCCCAAGCUUCCAGUCCCAAAAAGUCAGGCUCUCCCCAUGGCGGUCAAAUGCAAAACACCUCCGGACCCGUCGAAACAAGUCCCAUCACGUCCUGACAGAUCGGCUAAAAUAGCCAUGCAGACUUCGCACAUCUCAGCCCCUAUCAGCACCGGCUCUGCCCAAGUGCGGCCUGCAGUACGGAAGGAGCAGAGCGCCGCCGAAGCCAGGGCGGCAGUGUCAGCCAAGCGUGCGGGCGAACAGAAAACCCGGCUGGGGAUGACACCGGCCCUCUCUUCGACGAAGACAGCAAGCAAGCCGGCCAGACCCUCCGCCCCCGCCUCCGAGAAGCAUCCAGCGACCACGACGACUGGUUCGGCGCUCAGAUCUUCCGCGCCAGCCUCGGCGAGGUCCACCCUGGCGGUGAAGCAGGACGUGGCGAAGCUGACGGGCACCUUGAGAGCCAAACCGAGCAUCCCGGUCGCCACGGAGAAGUCCCCCAGACCGGCAGCCGCUACUGCAGCCGGUCCCGUCGCCGCCGCCGCUGUCUCUGUGACCGCGAAGGCGCUCGUCCCUGCUGCCGCCAGCCCGACGCGGCCGACCUCUCUGCUCACGGAUCGCUGCGCCAAGCCCAGGAUGACCCAGCAGAAGUCUCCGGUGUCCACAGGUGCCGGCAAGAAGGGCAGCGGCACCACGCCCGUCACCACUCCGGCCGCGGCCGGCGCCGUGGGCCGUCCACCCGGCUCGGCGCGCACCUCGAUGGCCCCCCGAGCGCCCGGCGCGCCCGGGGCCUUCCCGGAGCUCAGCCACGUCGGCCAGCGGCGGGCGCAGUGCAGGGGCCACGCCGGGCGGGGCCUCGCGCUCAGUGCCAACCACCCCCGGCGAGAAGAAGGCCUCUCGCACCCUGAUGACGCCCAAGUCGCCCGUGGGCACGGCGCCAAACCCCAACCUGAAGGCGGUGCGAUCCAAGAUCGGCUCCACCGACAACAUCAAGCACCAGCCAGCCGGUGGCAAGAUCCAAAUCGUGACCAAAAAACUGGACUUCAGCCACGUGACGUCAAAGUGCGGCUCCAUGGCUAAUGUCAAGCACAUCCCUGGUGGAGGCAAUGUGCAAAUUGUUUCCAAGAAGGUAGAUGUCCGUCACGUGGCUUCCAAGUGUGGAUCUAAGGACAACAUUACUCACAAACCAGGUGGAGGGAAUAUUCAAAUUGUCAGCAAGAAGCUGGAUUUCAGCGAGAAGGCUCAAUCCAAAGUAGGCUCCCUGGACAAUGCAGAUCAUGUUC